AUGCCUAUAAAAGCUACAAUUUUAUGGAAUUAUUUCAAUAAAGUUACUGUGUCAGGUGUUAAAUGUGGGGAAUGUAAAAAGUGUCAAAUCCAAAUCAAGUUAACUGAUGGAUCCACUAGUGGUAUCAGGUACCAUCUGAAAACAAAGCAUCCCACUGACUACGCUACGAUGUUAAGAGCCCAAAUUGAACUUGAGCGCCAAAGAGAAGAAGAUAUUAAAGAAAUUACAGAAGCUGCCUUCGAACUGAAUGACGCAUACAAUCAACGAUCACAAAAAGGCUUAUCUAAAUGUGUUAAUGGGGGAACUAUUGGGAAAUAUUCUUCCCAAUCAGGCAGGCAAUUGGAGACAGACAUGGUAAUCAUGUCAUACAUUGCCAGGUCAAGUAGUCCAUUCACUCUAGUAGAUGAACCAUGCUUCAAAGAAAUAGUGGAACAUUUAAAUCCAAAAGUAAUUGUGAAACAUUCCUCGACUUUUUCAAGGUACAAGCUGCCAUUGCUUUAUGAAAGCGUUAUGGAUACUGUGCAAAACCUAAUUGAAAAAGAAGUUUCCACUUGUCAACAGGUGGCUAUCACCACUGAUGGUUGGACCUCUAGGUCACAUGAUCCAUACAUGACUCUUAUGCUUCACUAUAUCAAUAGUCAGUUUGAACUGAAAAAAUAUGUUCUCAACUUUGACAAUUUCGUGGGAAGACACACUAGUUACCACAUUAGCAAAGCUCUGGAAGAAAUGAUCCAAAAAUAUCCGGUAUUGGACGCCGUGCCCAAGAAAGUCAUUGUCCACGAUGCGGCGGCAAACAUGAAACAUGCUGUGUCAAUCAUGAAAAAAACAAAAUAUGAAUCACUGUUGUGUGCAGACCACCUACUAAACACUAGCCUACUACAUGCUACCAAUGAAGUGCAAGAAGUCAAAGAAUGCAUAGAUAUUGCCACACAACUAUCUAGCAAAGUCCACAGAUCCACCUUAGCUUGUCAACUUAUUGAAAAAGAGUGUAUGUUGCUCCGUGUAAACUAUGUUAAAAUCAUUGCUCCGGUAAAAACCAGGUGGAAUUCUAACUGUUUUAUGCUGGAGUCAAUCCUUAAACUUAAAGAUGUGUUGAUUUUUCUUAGAGAAAAAGAUGCACUAAAUAACAACCCACUACAGAACGUUAUUCCAAGUGACAACCAAUUUUCACUGAUGGCUUCACUGAUGCCAGUCUUAAAAAAAAUGAAGAUUAUGUCAGAUUGCAUGUCCAAGGACACUGAACCAGUGCUUCAUCAUAUGCUAACUAUGCUUUAUAAAACUGACAAUUUUCUUCAUGACCACAUUGAUAUGGAAAACAGAGAAAUAGUUAAUGCUUUUUGUAAAAAACUAAGUGAGCAUUUACACCUAGCCACGCGAUUCAAUGAACAUGGAAGAUACAACCAACACUAUGCCUUGGGAAACCUUCUUCAUCCGUACUUUAGAGGAUAUAUGCUUAGACAUUACGGUAUCUUCGAAGAGUUCACCAGAAAAGUCAUCAACGAUCAUCCAUUGUCGGACGCUGUUUCGAUCAGUGAAAAAAAUAAUCAUAAAGCUACACAAGUUAAAAUGCCAGUUGGUGUGGAUGAGUGCGACGAUUUACAAAAUAUAGAGAUUGAACAGGGUAAUAAUAACCACACCAUUAGUCAAAAUGUACCGGAAAUUGAAAGGGAGUUUGAAUCUUUCCACGCUAUGCCUCGUGUUGAAGAAAAGCAUUAA